AUGCGUUUCAGCGUCGCCCACGCUCUCUUACCCUUCUCGCUCGUUGCAGCUCUCCCCCGCCCUGCUCUUCGUGGUCUCCGGCCGCUCAACCGGAGGGACAGUCUCCUCGAUACCUGCGCAUAUAUCGACGCGAAUGCGAUCUCGUCGACGAACCUCCUUGGUAUCUCUUUGGAUGCUCUCACCGGUGUCGACACCUGUCUAUGUCUUUCUGCGCUGCCGGUGUAUCUUGAGUCGGACACCAAGGCCGCUCUUCUGGUCGAUACCCUUGGGACUAGCGUGGUGACUGACGCGCUCUCGAAGCUGAUUAUUGGCGCGCCGGGAUCGAAGCAGUGUUCCUACCCUCCGCACUCCCAGCCCAUGUGCUCUGCGGACGAUGUAUGCGCCUUCCAAUGUGACGCUGGCUACACCAAGAGCGGAACUGGUGAAAGCUGCAUGGCGAAGGGCGGUCAUGUCAGUUCGACCGGGACCGUGACGACUGCUACUGGCACCCCCGGCAAUGGCUCAUCCGGACAGGACUGCGGUGAUGGGGUUUCCACUUCCAGUAGCAGUACUGUCAGCUCUCGCACGUCUGUCAGCAGCGUCCCCAAGGCGAUCGAUUCCGGCACAGAUUCUAGUGGUGGUUCAGUCUCCUCUGGGGGUGGCUCAAGCACUGGUACGCCCAUCUCUACCGGUGUCAGCGGCGAAGGCACCGCGACUUCUGGAACCGGGACUGGAACUGGCACAAAUGUUGGGGCUCAAUCUUCCGGGUCUAAGCCAUCUUCCUCCGCUGGUACAUCGAGCGGGGGUGAAGACGCUGGUAACGGUUCGGGCGCACCAUGUGGAUGCACUUCUGGUGAGGCUUCUUCGAACGUGGGAUCGGAAGCUGGUACUUCCGUUGAGGCCAGCGGUGACAUUUCUGCCAACGUCACUGUCGGCUCCGGUCUGGGUUUAGGCGUGGAUACUGGUGUCUCUGGAUCUGCUGGGACCACUCUCAACACCGCGGUCGGCCUAGGCGAUUCUACGGAGGUCGGCGUUGGUACUGGGGUCUCUAGUUCUCCCGCAGGAAGCGCUACGGCAACCGGAGAAGAAUCUCCAUCUAAUGGAUCCAGCAUUAGUACUGGCGCUGGUCUCGAGUCAGGUGUCGGUCUUGAAGUCGGGGUCGGUCUUGGAGCAGACUCGUCUUCCAUGGUUUCUGGUACCACGAGUGUUCCUGAUGAUCUGACCAACGUCACGAGCUCUCUAUCUACUGGGGUUGCAACCACUAUUGGCUUUGGAACCGAAGGCAAUGGUGAUGCCUCUACUACCGGUUCGCCAUCCUCCGAAUCAACACUACCUGGACCCGUCCCGGAGUCGGGUUCGCUCGGCAGCAGCCUGGGCACCGGUGCCAAUAUCGGCGUCCUUCCUACUGGUGUCCAGAUAGGAAGCUCCACCAGCCUCAAUACUACCGUCGGCCUUGGGGAUACUAGUAGCACGGAGGACUGCGAGGAAGAAGGCGAUAGCGACGGCCUUGGCCUGACGUUGGGUGCUGACGUCGACUCAACUAUCUCCAGUAGUACUUCGGUGGCCACCGACACUGCUGCCGAUGUUGACCUCGCGAGCAACACCAACCUGUCGGCCGCCGCUGAUGCUGGGGCGGAUCUGGCCGCGAGUGUGUCGGGGACUCUGGGUCUCAAUCUCGAGAGCGACACCACUGUCGACAGUAACGCAGCAGUUGAUCGCAGAAGGAGAUAUCUUUUUCGUGGUCGGAGGGUCUUCGUCCGCCGCACUGAUAACAACGACAGGGCCCAGUACAUGAACGCGGAUUACCGUCGGCAGAUCGGGGGUACGAGCAAGAACAAGCUUGUAGGAGCAGUGUAG